AUGGAUAAAGAUGCGGAGGAAAGGUUUGUCGUUAAUUUGGAGAAAAGAUCAAAGAAAAGCUCAAAGAAAAACUUGAAGGAAAUAUCAAUGGCAAAUUCGGAGGAAAAUUUUGAGGAAAAAUCAAAGGAAAAUUCGGAGGAAAAUUUGGAGGAAAAUUUGAAUAACAUGCAAGAAAACAGUUUGGAUGAAAAUCGAGAACGAAUAUUGAAUGAAACCACAGAGACAAAUGUGGAAGAGAAUUUCGGAGAAAGGUUGGAUGACAACGCUUGGAUGAUGAAUGAAGAAAUGAGUUUUGAGUUUGAGAAUAAUGUGGACAAAAGUUUAUCCGAAUCAGACACUAUUAUGUCCCCUACCCCAGCAAGAAGACGCCAUUAUAAGAAAGAUUCGAAAUAUCUUGGAGAUAUUUACACUCUGAACUUCACACACGGGGAUAUUCAGGGGGACAAUGAUAUUCAAGACGAUGUCUAUGAUGAUGAUGAUGAUGAUGAUGAUGAUGAUGAUGAUGAUGUACUCUAUGAAAAAGAUUACAGUUUAAAUGAAACCUCAGAAUCCAGAUCUCAGAACAACAAUCUAAUCAGCCUUCAGGAUUGA